AUGACUGGGACUGUGGACCUGCUCCAGCCAGGAGUUUCACAACCACCCCAGUUCCUCUUUUUACAUCUUGGAUGCCAACAAAGUUUGUGCCAACACCACAUUCUUGCCUUCCCUCCUCUUCUUCCCUCCCCAGCUGUUUUCCAGAUCCUCCUGCUGGCGGGUCUGCUGAGCGCCCAGCGGUUCCCGUGCUUUCCUGAGUAUUGUCUCCACGACCAGGACUAUGAGGAGCUGCUGCAGAUUGCCCGGGAUGGGCUGGAGCCCGCGGCCCGCCCGGCGCACGUGGUCGUGGUGGGCGCUGGGAUCGGCGGGCUGACGGCGGCCAAGCUGCUCCGCGACGCCGGGCACGAGGUCACCAUUCUGGAAAGGAGCAGCUGGGUUGGGGGGCGGAUCCGGACGUACCGGCCCGAGGGGCAGGACUGGUACGUGGAGCUGGGAGCCAUGCGCCUGCCAGGCAAGCACAGGCUGGUCCGCGAAUUCAUCCGCCAGUUCAACCUGAAGCUGAACCCUUUCAUCCAGAGGGACAACAACACCUGGUACUUCCUGAAGGGUGCUCGGGUCAGGGCUGAGGAGGUCAACAGGAACCCUGAUGUCCUGAAUUACACGGUGAAGCCAUCGGAGAGGGGCAAGAGCCCCGUCCAGCUCUACCGGGAGGUCCUGAGCAAGGCUUUUAAGAAGUUCCAGACCACUGACUGCAGGAAAUAUCUGGCUCAACAUGACUCCUUCUCCACCAAGGAAUAUUUGACCAAGGUUGGGGGGCUGAGCCGAGGAGCUGUUGAGAUGAUCGGUGACUUGCUGAAUGAGGACUCGGGGUUUUACCUGUCCUUCCUCGCCUCCCUGUGGGACUUUGACAUCUUCUCUGAGGAGACUUUUGAUGAAAUCACCGGAGGGUUUGACCAGCUGCCCAAAGCCUUUCACAAGGCGCUGCCCAACAUCAUCCGGUUCAACUGCACCGUGGAGAAGAUCAUGAGCAAGGGCAGCAAAGUCCGAGUGUUCUACCGCGCUCCAGACACACUGUCCCCCACCAUCAUCACUGCAGAUUACGUCCUUGUCACUUCCAGUGCCAAAGCCACCAGGCACAUCCAGUUCCUGCCGCCGCUGUCCCCUGCCAAGGCCCACGCCCUGCGUUCCAUCAACUAUGCCAGCAGCACCAAAAUCAUCCUGGCCUGCUCCGAGAGGUUCUGGGAGAAGGACGGGAUCCGCGGGGGGUACUCGGUCACCGACCGCCCCUCCCGCUUCAUCUACUACCCCAGCCACAAUUUCUCCAGCGGCGUGGGCGUCAUCCUGGCCUCCUAUACCUGGAACAACGACGCUGAGUUCUUCCUGCCCCUCACCGACGAGAAGUGCCUGGACGUGGUGCUGCAAGACCUGGCGGACAUCCACCAGGUGAGCAAGGAGUACCUGCAGUACACCUGCGACCAGCAUGUGAUCCAGAAGUGGCAGCUGGACCAGCACGCCCUGGGCGCUUUUGCUGCCUUCACGCCGUACCAGUUCGUGGAUUACUCGCAGGCCCUGUUCACCCACGAGGGCCGGGUGCACUUCGCCGGGGAGCACGCGGCACAGCCGCACGCCUGGAUCGACACAGCCAUGAAAUCGGCCAUCAGGGCCGCCAGCAACAUCCACCACGACAGCGGCGAGGCCAGGAUGGACACAGCCGUGAAAUCGGCCAUCAGGGCUACCAGCAACAUCCACCAUGACAGCGGCGAGGCCACGGCACCAGGUGGCGAGGGGCUGGGGAGAAUCCCACAGAGGGAAGAGCUCUGAGCCGUCCUUUGGCAGUGUGAAUCUGGUCCUUUUGAUUUAUUAAAAAUUAUGGAUAUUGGUCUAGUACUAAUAUCCAAGUGUGACGGACAAGUGUGCCGGGAUAACUCCCAAAUUCACACUGCAAUUUACAGGUGAUUACAGAAUCCUUUUAUCUAUACAAGUCUUAAUUUACAGGUGAUUACAGAGCUCUUUUAUCUGUACAAGUAUUGAAUAAACAAAAUACAAAUACACAUUCAUAACUUUGGUACAUCCCAUUCCCAGUAUGGAUAUUGAUCUAGUACCGAUAUCCAAAACCUCUCUGACAGUUUAGAGUUA